UCUUGUUGCUUGGUGCGUGUAAACACAGGUGUUUUUUUGCAGAAAUUUUUGCUUUACUUAAGUUAAGUAUUUUGACAUUAAAUUUCUCAUGUCGUAAAACAUAUAGCAAAUAAUAAACAAUGGCUACGGGACAUAUUCUACCGGGCUACGGAAAUCCUGUUACUAACUUAAGAAGAGCAAAAACUGCAACUCUGCCUCUUGACAAGGCAAAACUGAGGGAAUUUGCAUUGUACAAUAAUCCAGGUCCAGAUCAAAAUGAAUUGUUGAACAUCAGAAAUGAAGCAACUCGUAUUUGGUCAGCUCAAGCACGCCAGCCAACAACUUACAAUUCACAUUUUGAAGGGAAAUUCUUGGAUGAACCAACACAAUCACGUCCUUCUUCAAGAUGUAGACGAAACAAGCCACAUCCACGUCAAGUUUUCCUGACCAAUAGACUUCAUUAUAUACCUGGGUACCACAAUCCAGACUCUACAAUGAAUAAAGAUGUUUACAGAGUUGAUGCCCUCAUGCCAUACGAUGAUCAGAUGGAACGAAGACAGAUCAGACAAAAGUUUAUAGCUAGACAAAGUUCACCAGCUAUGAACCAGUAUAAAGAUCCAAUGGGUGUCAGGGAAGAGUUUGAACCUGAAGAUGUGUCUGCAGCAGAGGCUUGGAUGAAAGUGGCUGAUGAUAAAACAAGAGAAGAGAAAGACAAACUUAUAAAUGCAUUGGAAGACCUUAAAAGAGAAACAAAAGUUGAACCACCCACAUGGACUGAUCGAGUAGAGACUUCACCAAUGCCAGUAACAACAGCAGUUAUACCACAACCUUCACUUCAUAGAUGGAUGAAAUUUGCUGGUACCAAUGAAAAUGCCAAUCUUCAAAGAGUUUUACAGCAAAUAAGACGGGAAAAAAUGACAGGUAGUCCUUCUUCAUCUAGAGUUGGCAGUAAUACAUCAUUACGACAAAGACGGAUGCAUGAUAUGAUUUCAAUGAGAAAAGCGGUCAAUCCAACAAAAACUCGUGGAGAAUUCCAAAUGCAUCCUGAAUGGCCUCCUUCUAUACCUCAUCAUUGGUUUCCAUAGUUACUUAAAUUUUAAAUUAGUUUAACUCAUUAAUUAUGAAGAUUUUAAAAUUCAUAUGCAAUUUUUUUGAAAUUCUACAGUUGUUAACACAGUCUUUAAGACAGUUUUUUGUUACUGAUUUGUUUUCCAUAAGUCAAUUUGAUAUUUUAUAGAUAUAUUUUAUUGUAUAAAGGAUUUUAGCAGUUGACUCAGUCAUAUAAAAAUUGGCUUUAUGUGAUUAUAUAUAUAUAUAUAUAUACAAGUCUAAAUUGAAAACAACAUUCAAACCUAUGAUUGCGUUGGAUUAAAACAGCAAUUUUUAUACGUGUGCAUGCAAAACAAAUUUCUUGGUAGAGGGGUCUAAAUACAGCACAAACAACAUUAUAUAUAUAUAUAUAUAUGAGCUCUUAAUUAAACAUUAGUUUUAAGAUAACCACAACUUAUUGUUAAGUUGAGUAUAAAUUUUAGAUUUGGUAUAAAAAUGCAUAGAAUUAGGUUAAGCACAACAUGAUAGCCAAAGAAAACGAUUCAUACUAAAUUGUUAGGUGAAAAAAAAACUCAGAGAGAAACAUGGUUAUAUGCAAGCGUCCUGAAAAAUCAGUUUCCUUCAUGUCUUUUAUUUUCAAAAACACUGUGUGAAUUUACUCAGUGUAUCUUAAGGGAUGUUUAUAUUAUGUUUAACAAUAUUACACUUUUAUAAAAUGAGAAGAAUCAUUAUACUCUAUGUUAUUUGAGUUUUAGUGCCUUAUUACCGGUAUUCAUUUGCCAAAAGUUCUGAAGAUAAAUUCUUUGUUUUUGUUUUAAGUUUUGUUAUUAUAUAUUUGGGGUUUGUACUUGUUAAGGUUAUAAGAUACAAAUUAUGAGCAAGGGGGAAAUCACUGAAAUAUGUGUUUUGUUACUAGUACAGUGACCACCUCUUUUUUUGCAACAUGACCAUGAUGACAG